AUGCAGGCCGAGGAGGCCAACGACCCUCUCGCAUGGAGCAUCAAGCGCUGGCACAAAUCCAGCGACGGCACCUCCCACCUGGGCUCGGUGCUCGACCGCGUCGCCGGCCGCCCGUUCCCUGGGCCGCCGGGCGGCGAAGGGCCGCCGCUGCGCGUGCUGCCCGUCGGCGGGCUGGGCGAGAUCGGCAUGAAUUGCAUGCUGGUGGGCGUGCGGGACCGCUACAUUCUCGUGGACGCCGGCCUCAUGUUCCCGGACUUUGCCGACCUGGGCAUGCAGAAGAUCCUGCCAGACGUGUCCUUCCUGGCGCAGUGGCGCGACAAGAUUGAGGCCGUCGUUAUCACGCACGGCCACGAGGACCAUAUCGGAGCCCUGCCCUGGGUCAUCCCCGCCCUGGACCCCUCAGUCCCUGUGUACGCGGGCGGCUUUGUGCUGCAGCUCGUGGCUCGGCGCCUGCAGGAGUUCAACCUUUACGACCCGGCCCGGGGGGCUUAG